GGCUUCGUACGACUGUAUGAAAUUUUCGCGAUGAAAUGGUUUCGGGUAGCGUUCUUGCGUCCUCGCCAUCCUGGAGCUUGCUUGGAUUGUGAAUUUAACGAAGGCUGCUCAACAUGCAACCAUGAGAGGACAACGCAUCGGCAAAGGUGUAUCUUUGUAUGCUCAUAUCACCUACGAUUCAGUGUACACCAACGCAUACAUGACGAAACUUGGCAAUGCUCAUUACAAUACAAUUGUAGAGAAACAUUUUGACGAACUGUUUGAAAAGGUGCAAAAUUACUUAAAGAAGCAUUCAAUAUUCAUAAAAAUCAUCAUCUCAAGUGUUAGGAAAUAUCCACUUUCGGUCAAGCACGGCAGUGUGGUCGACGCCCGGAGAACUUUGCGGAGCGUCGAAAACUAUGGAAAAUCUCUACAUAAAUCUAAUAACACUGUAUUUUACCACUUCACUGGGAGUACAAGAUUAUUCCACAGCCGCCCGUCCCAUAUACGCUUUACUGUCGGUCAAGGAGAUUUUGAGACGAACGGAACGUUUUGUACCGAACAUAUAAGCGCUACAGUCAUCAGACGCUUCCCUAAAAGUGAAGUGUAUUGGGUGACUGUGAAGUCAACAGCUAUGAUAUGUGGCUCGGAACACUUCGUAAGUUUUACUCCGAAAGACAUCAACAAAAUGAAGCAGGCAUUCUCCCAGUGCCCGAAGCCGGAAACGGAGAAACCACAUGUCAUCACCACUGAAGCAAGUUCUCUCCCUGGCUGCUAACAACAGAAUCAUAUAAUCUGCCUAUUUGCAUGCCUUUUUGUGAACUUCAAU